CUCAAUGUUCUUGCUAUUUAUUCACAGAUGACAUUGGCACAAAACGACUUUUGUACAUUGGAUACAUCUGGAAUAUUUACCAUGUUUUCUUGAAGACGAAAUGAAAACAUUGAAUUACUGUGAAAUAUUUGCCCUGAGCAACAAUUCAUAGCAACAUUUCUCCAUCUCCUUACCUGGUGCUUUUGCAUUCUAAUUAAACUUGAAUAUAUUUACAAAGGAGUUUGCAGCCUCUUUAGAUAUCAAUAAAAGAGCAGUGGAAAUACUUCUAAGAAAUAAACUAUAACAAGAAGAAGAAGAAGGAAAUUACAUGCUGAGGUGAGAGAAGAAAGAUAAGGGGAAAAUUUAAUACUGUGAGAAACUUUAACGGUUGGGUCUAUUUUGUCUCUUGGAGAAAUGUCAAAAGAAUUAGGGAAAUCACGAUAUUCUUGUGAAAUCUGUGGUAAGUCAUUCUCUGUAUGUAGUAAUGUGAUUAAACACAUUCGUGUUCAUACAGGUGAGAAGCCAUUUCACUGUGAUACCUGUGGUAAAUCAUUCUCUCAAAACAAUCACUUAACUAAACAUAAACGUGUUCAUACAGGUGAGAGACCAUUUCACUGUGAAAUCUGCGGUAAAGCAUUCUCUCAGACCAGUGACUUAACGAACCACAAACGUAUUCAUACAGGUGAGAAGCCAUAUCACUGUGUUACCUGUGGGAAAUCAUUCUCUCAAAACAGUGCUUUAACUAAACACAAACGUAUUCAUACGGGAGAGAAACCCUAUCACUGUGAUGUCUGUGGCAAGGCAUUCUCUGCAAAUAGUAACUUAACCAGUCACAAGCAUAUUCAUACAGGGGAGAGACCAUAUCAUUGUGACAUCUGUGGUAAAUCCUUUUCUGCAAGUAGUACAUUAAGUACACACAAACGCUUUCAUUCAGGAGAUAGACAAAACUACUGUGAUAUCUGUGGUAAAUCAUUCUUUGGAAUUAGUGACUUGACUAAACACAAACGUACUCAUUCUGGGGAGAAACCAUAUCAUUGUGUUAUCUGUGGUAAAUCAUUCUCUGCAAACAGUACCUUAACUCAGCACAAACGUGUUCAUACAGGGGAGAAGCCAUAUCACUGUGAUAUUUGCGGUCUCUCAUUCUCUCAAAAUAGUCACCUAACUAAACACAAAUUUAUACAUACAGGAGAGAAACCAUAACACUGUGAUAUCCGUUGGAAAUCAUUCUCUGUGUGGAAGGGCUUAACUAGUGACAAACAUAUUCAAAAGACAAGGAAAUCUUGUUCCUUACACUAUCAACAAGAAGCACAAGUUUGCGGAUAAACCAUUUCUCGAAUCUAGGAAGUGUUUCAUGAAAAAGUAUCAACCUAGGGGCCUUACCAAGGAAGAGAAGCUGGAUAUUCUCUGUGUAGAAGUGAAAUUUUAUCAUAAACAUGUGGUGCUGCACAGUAAUAAGAGACCUGGGUGAAUGAAGAAGAAUGCAAAUGCCAUGAAUUGUAUUAUGAAUGCCCUCGAUUGAUGCAAGAAGCUCUGCAAUGACAUCUGGACCCAAUUUGUUGAGACUGGAGAAGUUUCAGAGCAGAAGUUGACUGGAAAUGGAAAUCCAAAAUCUUCAGUAAAUCCUGAUCUUCAUCUAAAUCUUAAUUUGGUGAUUCAAUCCUGUUGCUCUUUAAAUAUUUACAGAGAUUUUUUUUCUCUGAAGGAUAUAUAUAUAUAUAUAUAUGUAUAUAUAUGUGUGUGUAAAAGUAAAAAAAUAUACAAACUGGGACAAGAACGUGAAACAUUUAGAA